AUGCCUUUGGAUAUGAAGAAAAUUCCAGAUGAGAAGCUAAGUUCCAAAGGAACACCAACGUUGUGCCAAAGUUUGAAUGAAGUUGUGAAAGCUGUUGUUGUUGAAGCUGAGGGAGUUGUUGCUGUUGCAUUUGUUGCUGCAAGUGUCUCAGAGGAAGAAGAUGCAUCUAUAAGAGCAAGAGUGUUCACACCGGGUGCUACUAUGUCGGGUUUGAGAAUUUCGAGGGUAAGCAAAUUAGGCCCUCUUGAUGAAAAUUCAGCUACUAUAGGUGAUGGUUUGAUUCCUAAUCUUGUGUUUAGAAAAGCUAAUGUUGCGGUUGGUUUUUUAUUUGUUAACACAUAUUGUUUGAUGUUUUUGCCUUCUUUUUCUCCUAAUGCUAUUGCAGGAAUUAUGUGA